AUGGCAGUACCGCCUAAAUUUGGUAGUGGGACUGCGUUAGAAGAUCUAUUCGGGAAUCCAUUUGCGAAAAAAAAGGAGCCACCGAAAACGCCGAAAGCUUUGGAGAAUUAUGUCUAUCAACCAUCAGCCUACUGUGUAAUGAUGGAUCAGAUGAUUGGAACACGAUCAAGACCAUGGGAUGUCGAAAAACAACCAAUUAAACCGAAACAAAUGCUGACGCUACCAGAAAUGACAAGAGAGGAACGUUGGAUGUCAGGCCUAAUGGAGAACUGCGCUGCAAAAGCCACGAUAUCAGGUGUGCUCGGUUAUGGCGUGGGAAUCGCGUUUGGAUUGUUCACGGCCUCGGUCGAUCCUCGAAUAUCAAUGGUCGGAGGUGAUCCAACAAAGCCGUUAACCCUCAAAGAAACAUGGCAAGAAAUGAGCUCGCGAAUGAAAUCAUACGGAAAAAACUUUGGAUCAAUCGGACUUAUGUUUGCAGGUACCGAAUGCGUAUUAGAAACAGUCCGAGCCAAAAGUGAUUGGAGAAACGGAACGUAUGCCGGUGGAAUUGUCGGAGCCCUGUUGGGUUACAGAGCAGGUAUCAAACCGGCGUUAUUUGGAGCUGCUGGUUUUGCAGCUUUCAGUACUGUCAUCGAUUAUUGGAUGAGAGGACAU